UCACAAUUUCAUCAGAAGUGAAAUAAAUAAUUAUGACUUUACAAAUAUUGCUAUUUAUGAAGAGGAGAAAAAAAAAGAAGAAAAUAUUUUGAUCACCUUUAUUUUCAAUAUCUAACAUUUUUUUCAAUGUAUUUGAGGUUAUGAGGAUACGUACUUCUACACUUAUUGCAGCAGGCAUUGGCCUUGCUGUAGUGGGUUUUACUGGGCGUUAUAUACUCAAAAGAAUGCCACAAUUAUCUCAAAAGAUGGCAGAAGCUUAUAAAAAUGUACCAAAAUUAAAUUCACAGACUUUAGCAAAUAGUAAAUAUUACAAAGGAGGUUUUGAGCCUAAAAUGACUCGACGAGAAGCUAGUUUAAUAUUGGAUGUAUCACCAACUGCAAGUAAAUUGAAAGUAAAACAACAAUUUAAGAAAAUUAUGGCUGUAAAUCAUCCAGAUAGAGGUGGAUCUCCAUAUAUUGCUGCAAAAAUUAAUGAAGCAAAAGAUUUACUAGAAAAAUGAUUUAUAUAUAGAUAAAUGUAUAAGUAUAGAUAGUCUAUAUGAAAUUUGUUUGCAUCUAGCCCCGUGAUACUAAUUUGAAUAAGUAAAUCUAUAUGUGUAUAUAUAUAUAUAGAUAUUUAAUAAGAUAUUGAAUCUGUAUUUUAUUUAACUUAUAAUAAAGUUAUUUAUACAUAAUAA